AAUUAAAAUCUGUUUGAUGGAUUCAUUUACUUUGUGUUACUGUGUUCCUACUGUUUGUUUGUGUUCUGGUGUUGAGCUGCAGUUAAGUUACUGAUUAAUCUGUCAAGACUGUUAUGCCCAGAGACUUUGCUUGUGAAUAGCUGCACAUUGACCUCCUUUGCAUAUCAACUGGCCCUCAGUAGUUUGUUUGUCUCUGAGGAAUGGAAAUAAAGUCCUUAUUUUAAUUCUUCUUAUUUUAAUAUGUCAUUUUAAUGUUUACCUUGAGAUUUAAAGCACUUUAUUGAUCCACUUAUAUGCAAGGAAUGCAUAUAAAAAUCAUUACAUUUUUCGUAACAUAAAGAAACUGUGAGCAACUACUUUGAUCUGGAUUUCCUCUUCAUUUGUGACAUGUGUGAUAUUGGAAACCUACGCCACCCUUACUUCAGUGACAUGUUAACCAGGAAGUAGCUCAGGUGUGGGACGUUUUAUGUGGCAGUUGUUCCUCAUUUCUGAUCGUGCAGUGACAGGCUGAAAGGUGUGGAUCCGCGAGCCCGUCGUACAGACGCCGUCAUAACACCCUGUCAUUCACAUUUCACCUCACUUUGUCGACAGGUGUGUUGGGGAGAGGGAAGAAACGGCUGUUUCAGGAGGACUGAGCGUUGAAAAAAAAAAAGUCUUAAAACAUGUUGGAUUCAAGGUGGAACGAGGCCCUGGGAUACAAUGGGAACAACUUCAGCCAGGAUAAAGGCUGCCUCAUUGCUAAUCUCAGGACAUCAGGGCACAUUCAAGUCAUCCAAAAAAAAAACACCGUGAAGGAGCUUCUCAUGAUGAGACGUCAGAAAUGUAUCAACCAACAUGGAGACAACAGCCCAGAGCCACAGUGUAAAUAUGCCAAACUUGAACCAGCUUAUGACACCAGUCCAGCGCCAGUGACCCCGGAGGUUGUAGAUUUUCCUCCACUCACCUCUGUUCCAAACGGCCACAUCACUCCGCCACAAAUGCAGCAUCACCAGCACCUUCAAGCUCCGGCUGCUGAGAUCAAAAUGACCCUAUUUCAGUGGCAAGUGCAGCAGGAGGCACAAAAGUUUGAAUGUGUCUCCCCUGAAAUGCUGCAAAUGCAAGAUGCUGACGGUGACACAUGUCUUCACAUCGCAGUGGCACAAGGCAGACGGGCCCUGACGUAUGUGCUUGCUGGGAAAAUGGCUAUUUAUGGAUUUUUGGACCUAAAAGAACACAAUGGACAGACGCCCCUUCAGCUAGCAGUCGCCACCAAUCAGCACUUGAUUGUCCGUGACCUGCUGGAACACGGAGCGCAGAUCAACACGCAAGACCUCUGGGGCCGCUCCCCUCUGCAUGUGUGUGCAGAGAAGGGCCACUUCUUAAGUCUCCGGAGCAUCUGUUCCCUCAUUGGGAGUGAGCAAACGAUUGAUGUUGAAAUGUUUAAUUUCGAUGGUUUAACUCCGCUCCAUGUGGCAGUCUUGGCUCACAAUGCCGUUAUAAGAGAGAUGAGGACUCUUGAGAAUCCGUGCGCAUAUAGAUUAAUGGAGCUGACUCAGAGGAAGCACAUCUAUAUGGAAUGCAUAAGGACUCUGCUGGUCAUGGGCGCCUCCUAUGGGAAACCAGACCUGAAGAGUGGACGGACCUGCCUCCACAUAGCUUCUGAAGAAGCGAAUGUAGAGCUGUUUCAGCUGUUUCUCAACCAGUCAUCUUCACUGUCCAUCGUCAACGUUAAGACGUUCAGUGGAAACAGUGCUCUGCACAUCGUCAGCUCUUUGCAAAACCAUAAAACCCAAGUGGAAGCGGUGAAGCUGCUGAUGAGAAAAGGAGCCGAUCCCGGGACCAGAAACUUUGAAAAUGAGCUGCCGUCCCAGCUGGUGCCAGAAGGGCCCAUUGGUGAAAAGAUACGCCAAAUCCUGAAAGGGAAGAAUGUUCAUGCUUAAGUGAAGCUCCAGAACACUGUCAGUCAGACAGUCAACUCUAUGAAAAUACUAUUUGCCAAAAAAAAGGCAGAUGCUUGUUGUUUCAGUGAAACAUUCCACUUUGUUCAUUACCAUGUAAUGAAGAUGAAUGAGACUUAAGCUGUUAUUAGGGUUUUUUAUAUAAAGGUGUUUUAGAUGACUAACGUUAAUUGUUUCAAGCAUUAGAUUAACACUUUUGUAUCAAUGAAAUCAUUUAGUUAUUGCUUUUUAUGUUUAGAGGAAUUGUGGGUUCAGGAGUUCUAUUAUACUCAUUGUGCAGUUUAAGUAUUUCAUCCGGGUUAGAAUAGAAUAGAACAGAAUAGAAAACCUUAUUGUCCCGCAAUGGGGAAAAUGCCAUGUUGCAACAAUGGUACAGUUUAGCAGAAUGAAUAUACUGUUUAUAUACUGUACAGAAAUACAGAAUUGUAGGUUUACUGAAGUACAGAAACAGAACAGAAAUACAAAUCUGUAUAAUCUUCAUAGGGACCUAUAAAUCAAUGGCAUUAUAUACAGUGUAUGGACAUGAUAAGGUGACCAGAGUCAAAGUGGCUGCAGUUAGUCAAAGUGAUUGGUAUAAUUGCCUGGGAAUGUAGUGUGUAUAGCAGUGUGGUGGAAAUGUGAACCGUGUUAGAGAUGUUCACUGUAAAGUCUGUAAGCAGCAGGACCUGUGGAAUCUGUCCUUCCCAUAGUGAGGCUGGAUCAGUCUGUCAUUGAAUCUGCUCUCCAGGUCAGUCCUGCAGUGGGUGAGACUCAUUGUCCAGCAUAAAUGUAGGUUUUUCCAGAACCCUUCUAUCCCCCACCUCUCACAGCCCAGGACAGAGCUGGACUUCUUAAUAACCUUGUCCAGCUUCUUCCUUUACCUCUCUGUGAUGCUGCUGUUCCAGCAGACCACACUCUGAGGAUGGCUCACACAUAUAUUAACUGUUUUAUGUUAUAGAUCAUGUAGAAGUGUCAUGUGUUUUCAUGUAAUUUCAUUAAAAGGCUACUGGAAUUGUACACAAUAUUAUACCUAAUUGAACAUUAAGCAGAUAGUUUAGUUAAAAGUAAAUGUUAAACUUUUUUUGAUUUUGCAAAAAGCUGGCAUUACUUAGCAUUUAAGCCAUUUAGUAAUUUUAGUAUGUAGUAAAGUCUGCAUGAAGAUUAUCUGUAAUAAAAAAAUAAAGCUUACUCUCUG